UAAAUUAUUAAAAAAAUAUGUAACAAAUUAUCCCUAUGCAAAAUACCAGCAUUGCCCCUCAUACUUUUUUGACCUGAACUUAACCAAAAAAAAUAAUAAUAAUAAAAAUAAUGUAUUUCUUAUUAUUGAAUUCCGCGAACCAUAGCAAUUUUUUUAUAGUUCAGGAUUUUUUCAAAUUUUUUUAGAAAAAAAUAAAGUUAAUAAUAAAAUACACUUUCUACACAUUCUCUCCCCCUCUUUUCCUUUCCCCUUCUCCACGCCACUCACGCCCUAUAUAAAUAUAGAAAUCAGAAACUAUGUCUAAUCAUACCAGAAGCUGUGUGAAUUGAUUGUGAUGGCUUCGUUACUUGCUCUGAGGAGGGUCACAGGUGGUUUAAUUCGCUUCAACAAGCUUGCCAACCCUAUUCGCUCUGCUUCCGUUGCCGCUCUUCGUUCCUUCAACACCAAGGUCAUGACCGUAUACGACGAAUACGACGAGGACUACGAAUACUGGAACAUCAACACCGACUCUGAUGGUACGUUUGAUCCACUUUCUGCAAGAAGAAGCAUCGACAUGAACCAGGAUGAAAAAGCAAUGUAUCUGAGAAUGGACAUGCCUGGUCUCAGCAAAAAAAACGUGAAGAUAUCAAUGGAGAUGGAGAGUCUGAGCAUCAAAGGAGAGUGCGGGAAGGAAUCGGCGGAAGACGAAAAGUAUGGGCCCGGCUACUCCAGCAGGAUCUAUCGCCCUCCUACUUUCCAUAUCCCUUCCAAUAUCUAUAACACCGAACAAAUCCAGGCUAAGAUGAAGAAUGGAGUUUUGAAAGUUAAGAUUCCCAAAGUGCCCAAACACGAUAACAAGGACAGGAAGGACGUGGUUCAGGUUAAGGUCGAUUGAUUCAGGAGGCGAGAAUGGUAAUGGUAUGUUUUCGGUGUGUAGUCGGUCCAUACGUCACCUCUUGUUUUAGGCUUCUUUUGAUAAAAACAGAAUUUGUAGGCUUCUUUUGAUGAAAGCAGAAUUUGUAGUUGAUCUUUCUAAGUGUAGUAGUAGUGUCUAACUGAAUUUUGAUGUAAAGAUGAAGGAAUUCACUUGGAUUUACAAUUUUUCUCUCUUCUUUUCAA